AUGGCCGACGAAGAGGAGAAACCCCAAGUGGCUUUUCUGGGACCAAAAGCUACGUAUACUCAUCAGGCCGCCCUCCUAAAAUUCCCCCCAUCAAAAUACACACACAUCUCCCACCCAACCAUAACCUCCAUCUUCCAAGCCAUCCAAGCCAAAAAAGUUCCCCACGGCGUAGUCCCCUUUGAAAAUUCCUCCAACGGUCCCGUAGGUUUCACUCUCGACCUCUUCGCGGACCCCAACCUCCUCUAUCCCUCCCCUCUCAUCGAAGCGGAAAUAUACCUUCCAGUGCACCAUUGUCUCGUAGGCCACACUGUCCCCACAGACAACUUCAACAAAAUCACGAAACUCUACUCCCACCCACAAGCCUGGACACAAUGUUCCCACUUCCUCGACACGCAUUUCCCAACAACAGAACGCAUCGACGUCUCCUCCACAUCGCGCGGAGCAGAACUCGUCGCAGCAGACACUUCAGGAACUUCAGCGGCAAUUUCCUCAAAAUUAGCAGCGGAAUUGAAUCAAGUUCCCGUUCUAGCGGAAGGGAUUGAAGAUAUCAAGGGAAAUACUACGAGAUUUUUCGUUUUGAGACAUGAGGAUUCCCCCUUGACAUUUCCUCCUUCCAAAGAUGAUGAUGAUGAUUCUCAACCUCCUUCGGAAGAGGAACAGGAGUGGAAAUCUUUGAUAUCUUUCCGUUUGAAACAGGGACGACAAAGUGGUGCUCUCGCGGAGAGUUUGGGGGUUUUUGCGAAACAUGGGGUGAAUUUGACGAGUAUUUUGAGUCGACCUAGUCGGGAGGCGGCGUGGCAUUAUGUGUUUUUUGUUGAGGUGCAAGGGAGGAGGAGGAGGGAGAGGGGGAGUCGGGUUGAUGUGGCGUUGGAGGAGUUGGGGAGAGUGGUUGAAGGGUGGAGAUGGUUGGGGAGUUGGGUUGAUCAGAGGACUUGA